UGAAACCACGCAUUACACAGACACGGAAGCAGCCGUUAAUGUGUCGAGUAUUUCUAAAGUACUAUAGACUGGCUUCAUCAACUAGGAGCAUUAACUGUGGUGGUGCUGGCAGACUACAGCGAAACAGUGCUAUUAUGCGCCAGCUUGAAGGAACAAAAUGCAGCUUCCUUUUGUGCCUGGGGAUAAGUAUUAUCAUCUUUUCAUUCAUUUAUUUGAGGACUAGGAUGCCAAUUCAGCUAAAGCCCCCACUGCCUUCAAGUUGCAGACCCUUCUCCACUGAGUGUAAAGAUUUUCUGCCAGGCAUGGAGAAAGGAGUAACUUGGCACCGCCGUGACUGCAAGGUGGAAAGCUACAUUCUAGAGAGCCAUCUGCAGUGCUCAGACUUGAUUACAAACCUACACUUUAUAACAAGACCUCUAAGUCGUGUAGAAGAGGUUUACCCUUUAGCUUUCAUUCUCACUAUUCAUAAAGAGCUGGAGGUUUUCGUCCGCCUGUUGAGGGCAAUUUAUAUGCCACAAAAUGUUUACUGCAUUCACAUAGAUGCUAAGGCUGCUAAGGAGUACCGGGCAGCCAUACAGAAGCUAGUCAGCUGCUUUCCAAAUACGUUCCUCUCCAGUCACAGCGAAAUAGUGACCUAUGCUGGUUUUUCUCGCCUGCAAGCAGAUCUGAACUGCAUGAAGGACCUAGCUAAAUCCAAGAUAGCCUGGAAGAAGGUAGUGAAUCUGUGUGGACAAGAUUUCCCUGUUAUGACCAACCUGGAACUGGUACAGUACAUGCAGAGCCAGCAGUGGAGGGAUAAAAACAUGACACCUGGGGUCAAACAACCAAUGUCCAUGAGGUACAGGACGCAACGCCAGUACAAGGAAAUUGUGGGGUCACAUGUAGCUCUGAAAGGGUUAGGCUUGAAGAAAAGGCCUCCUCCACACAAUCUGCAAAUAUAUUUUGGUACAGCCUACUAUGCUCUCACAAGGCCUUUUGUAGAUUUUGUUCUGAAAAGCCCAAUAGCCCAAGACCUCUUGGAGUGGUCCAAGGACACAUUCAGUCCAGAUGAACACUACUGGGUGACGCUCAACCAUAUAAAAGAAGCUCCAGGCAGUCGCAUUGAUGGAGGCUGGGAAGGAAAUAUCCGGGCAAUCAAAUGGCAGGACCAAGAAGGAACGGUACACAGUGGUUGCAAAGGCCGUUACAUACGACGCAUCUGUAUCUACGGAGUAGAAGACCUGCCAUGGAUCAUCGACAGGAACAGCAUGUUUGCCAAUAAGUUUGAAAGUAAUAUCUUUCCUGAGGCACUAGACUGUCUGGAGCAGUGGCAGAGAAACAAAGUGCUAAGCCAGGCAACUGUUCCCAUAGAACCAUCAUGGCCGCUAGCCACACAGAGCAACUCCAGCAACAGCAGCAGUUACUUUAACAUCAGUGCUGGAGCAUGA